AUGACAGCUUCGAUGGGAGAGGUGCUAGACUUCAUGGAACCGUGGAAACACUUCAAACGGAGAUUGUACGGCCCCCAAGAGGAGGAGCUCCCGAACGACUCAAUCGACCCACGAACGUAUGCCAGGGAGGUUCUAGAAGAGAUCGAGCAAGCUUCAGAACUCCUGGAGCAAGUGCCGUCCAUGAGCUUCGACCGACUUCGCCCCGUCCUCGCCAAGCAUGGCCUGAGCGAGGUCGGCACUCUCGCCGAUCUUUCGGCCCGGGUUACAAGGGCCUUGGAGGGGAGGAUCAAGGGCGCGGCGGGGGGCGGGGCGUUAAGCAAGUUCGGGGAGAGGGCGGCUAGAAUGUUGUUCCGAGCGGCCGGCAAGGUUGGUUCGCUUAAUUCACUGUUGGGGGUGAAUCUAUCUGCCGUGGGACAAGUCGACGCCCUCGCCGCCAAGCGACUAGAAGACAUGACCAUGGAGGAGCAUCCUCAGCUAGGCCGCGCCGAAAAGGCCCUGUCGUUUUUGCUAAGAUUUGCAGUGGACUCGCACCUGGAUUGCUCUGGGGAAAGCAUCGCUGACUGGCUGGCGCCCGCAGAUGGAGACGUGUUGGUGAUCCCAAGCUUCAGAGACGCCGCCGCCGCCGCGUUCGGGGAGAGGUGGAGAAGCACGCCUGCGGGAUGGUUCGAUCCUGGGGGCGACAUGCCUUCAUUCGUCGCCGCCGAUCUCAACGAUGAGGGAAGCGAGAGUGAUGGCGACCACAACAACGGCAAUGAAAAUGGCAGCAAUAGGAGCGGCAACCGAGGCGGCACACGCAGACAUCUCGCCCGCCCCCGUGGCACGACGCCAACAACGUUCGGAGGAAGAGUGCACGAGCAAGAAAGGGGGGGUGCAGGACCGACAGGAAACAAAACCGAGACCAUGUCCGUCGUCCUGACUACCCCACCCCGGACGGUAUCUACAACGACUGUGACUGCAGAGACCGCGGGUGGCGAUAGUGGGGAUAACGGUCGCCGAAGUAAGGUGGCAAUGGCACCGUCUUCCGAGCCUUCUGGCAGCAACAAGAUCGGCGGUGGCAGCAACAAGACCGCCGGUGGCGGCGGCGGCAGAGGAGACAGCGGCGGCGGCAGAGGAGACGGUGGCGGCGGCAGAGGAGGUGUGGACAGAGGCGGCACAGGCGGCGAUGCUAAUGGUAGCAUGACGCGACGACCGCACACCACUGAGAGGAAUAACGCGAAGGACCUGGCGCAGUACCUGGGGGUUAGCGACGAAGAAAGCCACGAAGGAAUUGGCGGCAAGACGGGACGUGAAGAAGGAAGGGGGGCAAGAGGGAGAGGGAAGGAGUGCGUGGACGGCCAGGAGCUGGCACAGAUGGACGGGGUACACGAAGAAGGAGGGGGUGCCGAGAGCGAACAGCCACACGGAAACGAAGACAAGAUCGAGCAAGAAGGUGUCCCGGACCUGGAGGACGUGUUCGUGGAAGCGGGUGCUUUGGGAGGCAUGAAGGCCGCCCUGGAAAAGGCCAAAGCGCUAAAGGCGAUGCUCGCCUCUGGCCUCCCGUCGAAGAUUGAAGAAGACAUCCGGAAGGAGCUCGAGGUGGUCGAGGAGAAAGCGAGAGGAAUAGACGAGCGCCUGCAGGCUGCCACUGCUACGGCAAUCGCCAGGGGGCUGAGGGCUUACGACGCCGCUCGCGCUCGUCUAGAAGGAGUGGCGACACUAGGACUCGGUACCCGAAAGAGGCGUGAGGAGGAGGAGAGGGAAAGAAAGCACCUGGAAAAGCUGCGGCUGAAGGAAGAGGAGAAGAUGAAAGAGGAAGUGGACCUCUACGAAAGAGGGCUCAGCGCCAGGCAGCGGGCAGCCACCCGGGAGAGCGAGAAGGCUGAGGCAGAGAAGCACUGGAGACGCCUGGUCGCGAUAAGGCAGAGACGCCGGAAGGGCACUGCCGGAGCCGCGGCGGCUGUGAACAACCUCGGUGUGCUUCUCGUGGACCAGUCGGAGCGGGACUCCGUCCACGCAGCGGAAGGGCGCAUGCUUCUCCAGGCUGCCGUGGCAAUGGCGGAAGCGGGCGCAAGAACCCCCAGCCACCCAGCAAGCGAGAUCAAAGCCGGGCCUUCAACACCACCGUCUUCGGCGAUGACGACGCCCAAACCAACCGCUCCAAGCAGCGCAGACCCGCCUCAAGCCGUAGCAGAGGCGGCGACGGCUGCGGCCGAAGGUCAUGCACAGACAGACAGGCACGGCGAGAGCGAGAACAGCGAGAGCGGAAAGGAUCUGCUUGUGCCAGGAGGAAAAGAGGAGUGGGAGAUGCUCCUCGCACUGUUCAGCAGCAACCUCAGCUUCGCGACCGAGGGUCCCGGGCGCAACUACGACCACAACGACGAGGAUCAGGACGUGGGCGUCGGCGAGAACGGUAGAGGAAACGGAAAUGGAGCCAACAAGGAGGAGGGGGACGACGAGGUCGGCAACGAAUCGCGGGGACAGGGUGGGAGCAAUGUGAAAAAUAGGUGUGUCGCUCUGUUCGAAGGCCUGUCUCCAGCCGCGAGCGUGGCUGCCUCUGGCCCCUCCGACUCCUGGGAGUGCCUCGGCGUCGGGGUGACUCUCUUCGAGCGGGAGGGUCCGUUCUGGUGGGAGCGAGAGCACCUGGAAGACGACGAGGAGAGGAAGCAGGCCCUCGCCGCGCAUAAGCUCAAGAAGCCCGAGGAGGGGAGGGGGGGAGAGGACGGUCACCUUAACGACACGCGCAGGGAGGCUGUGGUGCGAAACCGUCAGGCCGCUGAUGACGGAGGAACGGGGGGAGGCUACACUGACCUGGAGGUAUUGGACGUGAUCGACCCCGGGCGAGCGGCGAGGAUUCGGAUCCGGCAGACCAGGCAUGCUUUCCUGUAUGAGUAG